UUCUAUACAGGGGCACAACAAAGCUGUACCACACCAGAUAACAAAAGCGGUCGGUGCCUUUCCAUAGGGCAGUGCCCUACGAUGAUAGACUUCCUGAAUAACUCUCCGAAACCUUUUUCCAACGAUGUAAAAGAAUUGCUGAACAGAUAUGUCUGCACCUACGAGGACGAAGCUAUAAACACAAAAAUUUGUUGUCCUUCGGAUCCUAUUGAUAUAAGUGGAAGAAACAAAGAAGUCCCUCCACCUCCACCACCAGAUGUUCUGAACCAUGAAAAUCUUAAGCUACUUCCGGAGGAGUGCGGUCAGAUCAAUUAUGAUGAAAAAAUUCGAGGCGGUACUGAAGCAAGAUUGAGAGACUUUCCUUGGAUGGCACUUUUGGCGUAUAACACAGAUACUGGGCGCGAAUUUAAAUGUGGUGGAAGCAUAAUAAACGAAAAUUACAUCCUGACAGCAGCCCAUUGUAUAGUGAAGACUCCAUAUCCUCUGUAGGUAUAAUACUACUGGUACAAACAAUUGAUAUAAUGUUUCAUUGAUAAAUUAAGUUAAUUAAUGACAUGAUUAGACC